UAAUGUACGAAAAUAAAAUUUUCAUCACCUUUGAGCAUACAAAUUUGUAUCAAUCUAUGUCAAUAUCUGAAAUUACAUUUUGGACAAAACUAUUUAAAACGAAGAAGAUGCAACUUAAAAUAGAAUAUAUUUGAGUUGGUAUUGAACCUACACUUGUAAACCUUUAUAAUGUUUACCUGACCUAUUAAUAUUUUCGUAAGUGGAACAAUAAAUAAUUUUCAAUUAUCUAUAUUUAUCAUACAAUGUGAUAAUGAGGUUUUUCAUAUCAUAAGCAUUUAUCGAAAGCAUCUGAUAAAAUAAAUUUACCAUUGGUAUUUUAGUGUCUACGCCGAGUAGUAACAAAGGUGUUAAAAUAUGUUGUGAUUAAUUAGAAUUUACAAUUAAAAUGAAGAAAUUCUUUAGUGCAAAAAUUUUCUUUGGUGUUUUGGUAUUAGCUAUUUUUUUCUUUGCUUUUAUAUCAGUCCAUGAUAAUUCAAAAUCACAUUUCAACCACGAUGAUAUUUUGAAUUUGUACAUAAAUAGAGAAAAUGGUCCUAUAAAACAAAACAAAAAGCCUAUUCAAGAGAAUCCUGACAUGAAAUAUAUACUCCAGUGGACAGAUUCUCAAAGCGUGCCGUUUGUUUAUAUGGGCAAGGAGCGAGAAGGUUUCACGAGUAGAAAUUGUCCUUACACGAAUUGUAUAGUCACUUCUGACAGAAACCGCCUUGGUGAUGUUACGAAAUUUGACGUGAUCGCCUUCAAUGGCAAUCAAGUGAGACACUAUUCAAGUAAUAUGUUACCAGCUGCACGUUCGCCACAUCAAAAAUAUGCCUUCUGCACGAUAGAAUCAUCUCAUUAUUAUCCAGUAUGUUCCAAGCAGUUCGACAAUUUCUUUAACUGGACUUGGUCAUUCAGACUAGACUCAGAUGUGCGGUGGGGUUACAUGUUAAUACAAGAUAAGAACAAUAGUAUUAUAGGCCCGAACAAGAUUAUGCAUUGGAUGAAAUUGGAAGAUAUGGAUCCAGUAAGUGAAGAGUUUAAAGAGAAACUGAAGACAAAGAAGAAAGCGGCGGCUUGGUUUGUGUCCAACUGCUACGAUAAAGCAAAACGAGGAAAUGUUGCAAAUAAUCUCAAAAAGGAAUUAACGAAAUAUGGUCUAGUUUUAGAUAUUUAUGGAAAUUGUGGUCCUUUAAAAUGUCCAUCAGAUGAAGUGAAAGACUGUGAGAAAAUGAUAGAAAACGAUUAUUAUUUCUAUUUAUCUUUUGAAAAUUCAUUCAGUGAAGAUUAUGUGACUGAAAAAUUGCGCACAGCUUUAAAUAAUAACGCAGUGCCUAUUGUCUAUGGUGGUGCUAACUAUACAAGGUUCAUGCCAGAUGGAAUUUAUUUAAACGCUAAGGAAACAAGUGCAGCAGAGCUAGCAGCUAAGAUGGAUGAGUUGAUAAAUAAUCCGGAAAAGUAUGCAAACUACUUUAGAUGGAAGAACCACUACUCGUACCACAGCCUCCACGAUUAUCCAGAAACAGAUGAAUAUUGUCGUAUGUGUGCAAUUCUUAAUGAAGAGAAAAAAGUUAAAAAGAUUUCAUACAUACAAGACUUCCGGAAGUGGUGGAACAAUCCUAACUAUUGUUAGCUGUAAUAAUUAAGAACUUCGAAUUGUAGACGACGUUAGAGAUUAAGAGAAAGAAUAUUGAAGAAUUCUUGCUUCUUGUGAUUGUUCUAACUUUAAUGAUGAUCUGGCAACUAUCUUUUAUCUAUAAUAGAUAUUUUCAUGAAUUU